AUGAAGCACCGAAUACAUCUGCCAACGCUAGUGAAAGUAGUCGCUCUGCUGCUUUCCGAAGCACUCGGUGAGACAACUACUUCUGUUAUUCCACCAACGGGCUUCCUUGAAACAACGCUCACAACUGUUGGUCAUCCGCCCACGACAACAGCGAAACAACAAAUACAUGCGAUGUCGAGCAUUCCUCCUGAACAUAUUGGCUCAUAUGUAGGAGUACAGACCAUUGGCACAAGCGGGGCACUCUUGCCAACUUUCACUACGGAGGCGUUUUUUACAACUCCCUCGCCACAGGCAGUUACUCCACAAUAUAACACAUCAAAUACUUCCUCACCUACGGUAAGCACAACCCAGCCAACCAUUCGUCAGGAUUCGAUGGACAGUUUGCCGGUGGAUAUAACGCUCAUCGAAGAAAAGCAGCUCGGACCUGGUGGACCAAAUCAGGUAGAAAGUGCCAGCAUACAGAGGGCGCUCACCUGGUUGCGAGAGAGAAGACUUCCUGACUUCAGCUGGGGCAACGAUACGCACAUGGUCAUCCUAGCCAAAGAGCUUUCAGGUGGCAAAGACCCGUCGGAGAAUGACAACCCGAUACAGGCUGUGUCAGACUUGGAAAACCUGCUGUCGAUCAAACAGAUGGAUAUCGAGGUACUGACCAUGCUUGAUCGUCAUCACGCUACUGCCAAGCAGCUGAACACGGAUCACAUCGCGAAGUACAUUCUGGCUAUGGGAGGGUUAUGCAAGGACGCUCGACACUUCUACGGCCAUGAUCUGGUAGCUGCACUUGAACAUCACGAACACGACCAGGGACAGGAGUACGAGUUUGCUCUAACCGCGCUGGCCAUCUGCAGCUCGGCAACGCAUGUUAGGAAGCGUCAGAUACGUCGUCUCCUGGACAUUGCCAGCGGGGAAGUGAAUGACGUCGAUACGAUUGCUAUGGUAUUAUUAGCAUUGCGUUGCAUUGUCACUGAUCAUCGCCAUCGACACCUACAACAUUUUGUGCGGCGUCCGGCACGCGGUCUAGCGAGUCUACAGGGUCUGCAGGGUAGCUUUGGAUCACUCCGCAGUACGGCAUUGGCAAUGCAAGCACUGCAGGAUCUCGAACCGGAUCCGGCUGGAAAAUGGAACCGAACUGCCGCUUCCGAGUGGUUGCUUGUUAAACAGCGUACAGACGGAAGCUGGACGGAGGAACCUCUCCAAGAUGGGCAGGAUCCUACAAUUGGAAUUGGCCUCACUGCCGACAUUGUCCUAGCUCUUGGCUGGCGAGGACUAGGAGCGGUUCGGGCAUUACAAUGUGACCACGUGAUGCGGGAAUCAAACGAACCUUCGGAAAACGGUGAACCUAAGCUAGCCGCACCGGUGGGCCUAGGCAUAUCGCCCGUAGAGGAAACGGAGCCAAGAAAUGUGUCCUACACCUAUACAUUAUGGGUUGGCACGAACGAGACGGAGGAGUAUUACCUCGAUCUGACGUCUCCGAAAAACACCACAUUUUUUCGGGCCAUGAAACAGGCCGCCGAAAUCGAUCCAAGGUUUUCUUUCGAGGCACGCGAAUGGCCCAACGGACACUACGUCCAUACGUUGGCAGGGAUGAAAGAGGAACCAAAAAGUUAUCACUUCUGGCUGCUCUAUCGUUUACCGGAAAGGCCAGACACCAAAAAUCCUCCCGGAAAUCAGUUGAUAGCACCGCUGGGUGUGGACGAACUUCUCGUAGAAGAUGGUGAACAUUAUCUCUACUGGUACAAGAAAUUGUAAAACCAGAUAUACAAUAAUCCAAUGUACAAUAUUUCCAUCCUUGUAUCCCCACUUGAUCAGCUAGAAAGCAA